AUGGAAACAUCCCACCGCCGUCCCAAUGGCCGCCUGGCAGCGUGCGACCCCUGCCGCGCCCGCAAGGUGUCGUGCGACCACCGCCAACCGGUCUGCACCCGCUGCCUCAAGAAGAACCUCGGCGCGCGGUGCUUCUACGCAGGACCGCCGCCUAAGCGCAUCCGAGAGGCCUCGUCGCGCGUGCCAGACCCCAUGUCGUCUUUUACCGAGUUGCCGCCGCUGCUGCCGCCGUUGCCCGUAGAGCCGCCGUCCAUGCACGCGACGGGCUCGCCCGCGCUGUCCAUGCACGCGACCGGCUCGCCCGCGCUGUCCAUGCACACGGCAAACUCGCCGGUGCUGCCGAUGCCGCUGCACGCCGUAGGUGCCUCGCCGCCGGUGCUGCCCACGCCGCGGCCGAGCGCGCGGCUGGGGCACACGUCGGUGCUAGAGGAGACGAAGAGCAGCCUGCUGCUACUGGGCGGCGGCGGCGCGAGCACACCGCCCGAGGACGACGGCAACUACGCCGCCGCGCCGCGCCAGCCGGUGGUGCUGUUCCAGGAGCUGCCACACAUGGUGCGCGAGACCUGCCUGGCGGUCCUGCGCGCGCUGCCCGGCCAAAAGGAGGAGAUGAUGACGUAUCUUGACGGCGCCGUCGAGACGAGGGGUUGGAGCUACGUCGCCGUGGACCGCAUCGUGCGCAACCUACAAAGAAUGUUUGAGGCACUACGACAUCUGGGCGAGGGCACAGGUCUGGAGGCGGUGGCGCAGACACUCUGCAACAACACGUGCAGGCCCUUUGAGAGCGACUACCCAGACUGUAAGGCGUGGAUGGACUCGUUCUGCGGUAAUAAUCUGAGGUGGGAGUCGAUUGCCCUGCUGUGGGCGCACAUGGAGCGCGCAUCCGACAUGUUUGACGCGCUCAACAAGACGCUGCUCGUCCGGUCCGUGAACAACACAUCUGUCGAGGCGGCGCGCAUCAAUCUCGGAUACUGCAUCCGGAUUGUACGACACUUUAACAACCCCAGUGUUCUCUUGGUGGAUAUGAUUCGGCGUCUCGCUACACUGAAUUCGCUUGUCGACGGCGAGCUUUCAAUGUCUGCCUGGGAUACCGGCGCAUCAAGCAUCGCCUGCAUGACGUUCCUCGGCGCACAGGCCGAGGAACACGCAUCCCCAUACACGCCGACGUUUUACUCCGAGUAUAAGCGGCGCAUGGCUGUGCACGUCUUCACGCGCGACAAGCUCGGCGUCGCCUUUACGGGCCGGCCGCCGCUCAUCAGCCACCGGUACUUUUCCACGCCCAUGCCGCUCGACAUUGCCGACGAGGACCUUUUGGACACGGCGCGGCUGGCGCGCGCCGCGCAGUCGCUCGACAGGCACGGAUGGAAUACGGACGGGCGGCUGCACUCGAGCACGGCGAUUCGGGCGCGGUUCAUGAUUUCCAUGAUCCGCGACGAGCUGAUUGAGGCGAGCCUGGGAAAGGCGAGCCACGUCAACAUUGAGUAUCUCUUGGAUCUGCGACAUCGACAAUGUUCUUUGCAGGAGCAGUUCCCAGAAGGGCUGCGAUUCUGUGCCAGUGAUCUGGCGUCGGUAGACGUGCUACCCACGGUGGCAUACAUGAAGACAUUCACACAUCUAGAACACUUGCAAAACCUCUUCUUUGCGGACCGGCUGCUGCAGCGAUACAACUACGUAGGAAACGGAGAGCUUCUUAUUGGCAGCGUGACCAUGGUGUCUCUCACGCUGCACUUUUGGAUGAACCAGGACCGCUUCUCUAUGGAGACCAUGCGGCGCAACUUUGAAUGGAUUGUCCUCUCCUACGGUGCGCCUGGCGCUGGCGUGCUCUGCCAAGAGCUCCUCUACCCGACGUUUCGCGGCAACCACCCGCUGGACCUCAAGGUGAGCCGGUCGAGCAUCAUCCAGCAGCUGAGCAUGCUGGUGGGAUUCUUCGACUGGGUGCGCGACACGGCGCCCAACGCGAAGCUGUGCUGCAACUGCAGCGCCAUCAUCCAGCGCGUGCUCGACUACACGCUCAACGGCGGGGCGGCCAACGGGGCCGGGCCGGACAUGCUGGACUGGGGCGUGUUUGACCAGCCAGAUUUUAGCUUUGAGCUGAUGGACACGUUUGACUGGCUGCGGUGA